UCUCUGGGCCGAGCUAGAGCGGGGCUGGAGGCCACGGGGGUCCAGCGCCGAGAAGCUGCCUGGCGCCGCCCUGCUGGGCUGGGCUCGAGCCCCGGAGUUUCCAGCAUUGGGUGCCACCAAGGUUGUUCCCCUGCCCCGCAUCCCAGCUGGCUGCCUCCCUGCGCUGACCGUGCCAGGGGCCCAGCAGGAGACAGGCCCCCCCCCCGGCUGGCCUGGAGCGCAGCCCCUUCCCCACUCGUGUCUGACUCCAGCACCCACUGGCGAGCUAAGCCACUGGGGGGGGGCGGUGCUGCUAACUUGCCCCAUGCCUAGCAGGCUGGGGGGGAACAGCCCAAUUCCCCCAGGAGUCCACAGAAAGCAGGGACCCGGGCUGACAUGCAGGAGACACGCCUGCUGAAAGACACACUGCAAGGUGCAUCGGGUGCAAGGGUGCUGCUCUCAACCCGGCUUUCUCAGUGUGACUCUUAAAAAAAACAAAACACCUCAUACAGCUACAAACCCAAGAAUGAGCGAAUGGUCUGCCGCUGUGUUAAAGACGGGCCUAGGCGCCAUGAAGCUGAACGAGCGUAGCCUGGCAUUCUAUGCCACCUGCGACUCCCCCACCGACAAUGCCGGCUUCCUCUUCAAGAAGGGCGAGCGGAACACAGCCUACCACCGCCGCUGGUUCGUGCUGAAGGGCAACAUGCUCUUCUACUUCGAGGAGCGGGAGAGCCGGGAGCCGGUGGGCGUGAUCAUCUUGGAGGGCUGCAUGGUGGAGCUCUGCGAGGCCACCGAGGAGUUCACCUUCGCCAUCAAGUUUGACUGCGCCAAGUCGCGAACCUACGUCCUGGCGGCCGAGAGCCAGGCUGCCAUGGAGUCCUGGGUCAAGUCCCUGUCACGUGCCAGCUUCGACUACUUGCGGCUGGUGGUGAAGGAGCUGGAGAAGCAGCUGGAGGAGAAGCAGUCAGGCCUGGCUGACAGCCGAAACAUCCAAAGGAGGUCACCAAUUUACCGGAAAACCAAGUCGGCUCUCUGCUUGGACACCAUGUCUCCAGCUCUGGAGCUGCCACCUCCCCGGGAGAGACCCAUGGUGCCGCCUUGCGCCCCCCUGAAAGAGAACGGCUGUGCCGUGUGGAAUAACGUUCAGUGCAUGGAUACCCUGCCAGCUGGGGAUGUCCUCAGGGGCCUUGCUGACUCAAGGAGCGUGAGGACGUCUACAGGCGGCAGCCACGAGGGGAGCGUGAAGCCACCUCCUUUGCCGCCUCGCAGACGCGCAUCAUCCGGCAAUACCUGUGGCCCCGGGGCCCUGGUGGCAGACAGCUCGGUGUGCCCAGGCACGCUGUGUUUCUCUAAGCUCCACGACUGGUACGGCAGAGAGAUCACUGAGCUGAGGAGAGAGUGGCUGGAGAGCCAGGAGAGCCACAAACUGUGACGGAGGUUCUGGUGGGUGCAGGGGUGAGUGCAACGAGAGGCCAGCGGGCUCAUUUGGAAAGAUGAAGCCAUCUCUGAAGUUCGCCUGGCUGUGAGUGCCACCUGAGAGACUGUCACAUGCUGCCGAUCUGUCAGCGGGAUGGGGAACUCCUGCAUGCCGGGAACUUUGCAUGCCCGGUGUUGCAUGCCCAGCUCCAGCAGUGAUCCCGUCGGUCGCUGAGUCUUGUCUUCCCAUUGCCAGCAGCGGCUUUGAUGUGGAAGUGGAGACAGUUGGUUUUAAAUUCUGCUUCUGGAUUUAUGUACCUGACCUGCUGCAUCCAAGCCUGACCUGCCCAUUGCUGGCAAUGGACUUCAUGGCACCUUGGGGACAAUGAGCUCUUCUGAGCCGAAGGGGCUUUGUGUCCAAACCCCUCAGGCCAGUGUCGUUCAUUGAGUGUCAUUUCCUGCACUAACACGGGGCUCAGGCACUUGCUGGUCCAGCACCACAGCUCAGCAGGGACACGCUUGGGGCUCUCAAAGCGUGUGUCGUUGCUUGCAGACUGUCUCUGUAACAGUAGGGUGACCAGAUGGCAACUGUGAAAAAACAGGACAGAGGGUGGGAGGUAAUAGGUACCUAUAUAAGAAAAAGUCCCCAAAAAAGGACUGUCCCUUUAAAAAUGGUCACUCUAUGUAACUGUCUUCCUGAAAUUAUUCUAGAGUCUGACAUCCCGUGAGUUGCUGGAGUCAGAAAAGAAUGUGCUAGAGCACCCGGGCAGCUAGAAUCGCUGCUUCUGGGGGGAUUUCUCGGCCUCUCGGUUUUGGAGACAGCAGCUACUGAAAUCACAUCGGUGUGGAAGUAGAAGAAGCAAGAAAGUGACCAAGAUACUGUGAUUUUUUACAGUCUGAUACCUUGUGACCUGUUUCCACUUUCCAUGAUGCCACCGGAAAGCUGGGACCCCAUUUAACAUUGGCCUAAAUAAUUCUUUCCAGCCCUCCUGGUUUUGUGGUACGGGACCUUUAAAAAUAUGGGCCUGCAUUAAUUCCUUUGGCCUAGCAAUGCUAGUUUUGGCACUGAUCCAGGCUGGAUUAUAGAUGGGUAAUUCUUAGUUCCGAAUUUGUGCCUAGUUCAUUCUUGGCCAGUGGUUUUCAGCCUGUGGUCUGCAGAGCCCGGGGAGCUCACAGACUGUGUCUAAGGGGUCCGGGAAAGGUGUCAUUACCAUAGAAUGGUGGUUUUCAACCUGUGGUCCGUGCUGCUGACCCCUUAAGAUUUCCAAAAGCAUCUGCAUCCCCAGACAACAUUGUUUUUAGGGGUCCUCAAAUGAAAAAAGGUUGAAAACCACUUUUCUAGGCCAAAGAGCGGCACAAGCCUUGAUGUGAAUAUUUGUUCUAGGUCUGUGGUGUUCAGGAUUUAACAUUUUUGGUCUGGGCAGAAAGAAGGUCAAACAAUGCCACAGUUUCUUGGUUUUCCAGGUGAAAAUCAGCUGAGCAGGAUAAAAGCAUUUGUUCCUUAAAGAAGGAUGGUUUUCCUUCUUGAAACUAGAUCAGGCAACACGGCCAGGAGAGAAGGUGCUUUGCUAGAACAGGAGUUUGUUUUUUCCCUUCACCUAGCUGCUCCAGCUCUGGAAGCUGUUGCUGUGGUCCUGGGGGCUGCCCUGGCCUCAACCGCUGCCCCUGUUGCUGCACCCACUGCUCCUGCAGUGCCAGGGGCUCACCCAGGCCUGAAGCUGCUGCUCCAGCCCUGCCGCUGUGGCAAGCUGAACCCAAUGAUGUCCCAGAGAAUCCCUUGAAGUCAUGGAAUCCGUGACCGAAUCAGAUCCUUAGUGAUUGCUGAACAUCCUACCCCGAGAGUUACAUGGGAAGACUUCCAUGAAGUGAGUUAUUUUCAGGCGUAAAUGGCUGCAGCACCGGGGCUUCGGUUUGGAGCACAACCACAGUGCUUGGGCAGAGCAUGGCUUGCUCUGUUUUUUACAUGUGACCGUGUAAAGCAGACUUCCUACUAACAGUGGGGUCCUCGUCCAGGACUUGGAUUCCUAGGCACUACGGUAAUAGAAUGAGUAUUAAUAAGAAGUGUCUGGUUGUGUCUGAAGGGGUUGUAGCAAUGAACACUGCAGGGCUACGGCGAGGGAAGCACAACAUGAAUUUCAAUGGAACGUUCACCUUUUCCAAGCUGAUUUCAAACCAGCUUCUCUAAUUUAUAGAGGAAAUGCACAGCAGCUCAAUGAUUCAGUACCCAGAAAGGCACUUGCUCAUGGAUAUAAAUUUAGCUUGCAAAGAACUGAAAAAUCCGGUGCAUUUCAGUACAGUGAGGAACUGAAGGCUUCUGGUGUUUCUUUUUUUUUUUUAACAUUUUUUAUUGCUGAAAUAUUUUAAUUUUUACUCUCUCCUGUCAGUUCCAUUGUGGGACAACGUCUCCAUUGAAGAGAUGCAUAUAUUAUUGCAGCUCCUGGCUCGUUGAGUGAUGUCCAGUUCUUGGGAAUAUUUCACACUCCUAAGAUUGCCUAAAUAGAAAAUGGUCUCCCUGAGCAUAAGGUCUGAGGUCAUUUCCAUGCACCUUGUUUUGUAUUCCUUGUAUGUACCGUAUAACAUGCCACAGAUUCACUGCUGGGUCUGUGUGUGUGUGUGAAUUUAUUUGUGAUACUGAAAAGUUAUUUAUAAGAUCUUUCUUUAAAAAAUAUUUUUUUCCUCUCCAGCCUGUCAUGUGGGUACAUUUUAAAUCUGUUCUCCCAGGGAAGGAUGCUAGCAUUUGAAUGCUUGCCUUACCCGUGACACAUGCCCUUACCGUACUUAACACCGAGUUCUCCUGGGCACAGAAUCGACCCCCACGAGGAAUCCAUUGACAAUCCCAGCAAGCAACGCUGACUGAGAUCUGCUUUUGACCACACCGUCUUUGACUGCAGUUAGGUAGGCGAGUGCAAUGGACAACUUCGACUACUUCAGCACAAACUGCUUUGUGGGAAAUCUGCCUCUUCCAAAUGUUCUCAGUUUCCAGGGACAUUAAAAAUAGAGAAGAGAGGAGCCAGACUCUUGCACUAGAUAAAUGGGGUUUCUUAGGACUUGACAAUUGCAUCUGGACAGCAAAUCACAAUUAACUUUACACAGUAGGAGUGAAAUUCUUUCAUGUUACCUAGAGCAACCUGGUAGAACUGCAGAAGAGUUUAACUUGGAUCAUUUCGCAAUCUACAGUGGUUGGCAUCGUGUGUACAGCCUGUGCUCGUUAGGAGCCCUUAAACUCACGGGGGCAACUUCAUCCCUGCAGUAACGCCAGGGAAGUCAGUGGACUUACCUCCAGGCUGAAUUUGGCUCUGUGGAUGCACAUGUUGUAGUGUAAGAGGUGAGCUCGCCUUUAGACGGGGCAAGGGUUUUAAGGAACACAUGAUCAUCCCAGCAUUACAGCCCAGCUUGGUUGUCAAAGGCUUCUGCGUACUGGAAAAUACUGCAUGGACACGAACUCCUAUGACACUUGACUGCCUUGGAGUAGUGCUGGCAGGGAAUGAAAAUUCUGGGAUUUUUUUUUUUUCACUGCACGUGGAGUAAAUACAUGGCUAGGCAGAAACAGCUGAGUGCUACAGGCAUCCAAACCUCUGAAUGUGUUAAGCUGUCAGCAUCCCAGUGUCCGUUGUCUUUAAGGGGAAGUGUCCCUGAAACACUGGGGGGGGAGGAGGGGAAUUCUCUUGCGUAUUGAACAAGAACAUGUCAGACAAAGAAUGAUACCAUCAGCGAGGCGUUGAAUGAUUCAUGGGCUGUAUUAAAGCUCUGUGUGUGUGUGUGUGUGUGUGUGUGUGCCCGCUUAACUCUAUCUUACACACAUCUUAUAAACACUAAGACAAGCCAUGUUUUAGUGGAUUAUCCCCUCCUCAUUCUCCAGCUGGGUUGUGGUGCAUUUUAUAUAUAUGUACGCCUGGCCUUUCCAUUUUGUGUUUCAUGUUAUUGUACCAUAAUUUUAAUUUACUGGUAUCCUUAUUUAUGUUAGUGUCUGACUGUCAAAGAUGGUGUGUUUUUAUUCCAAAGGGAGAGCUAUUUUGUAACUUGCAAGAGUGUAACAUUUUGCAAAGAAAUGUCAUUAAAAGUUUGGCUGCCAUUAA